UUUGUUCACCAGUAGUUCACACUCUUUGGUCUCUGCCCCGUCGUUACCCAGAAAGCCCGUUCAUUUAUCUACCAUCCCCCCUCUCCCCGUCUCUCUAUCUGUCUCUCUAAAACGUAGACUCUAAACCCUAGUCUUCUUCCUUCUUUUAUCUAAGAAAUCCCAUAGAAGCCUGAAAAGCGCCAUGAAAGUAUCAGAAAAUGAUCCUAUCAAGGUCUCGAAACAGCUUUUACAGUCUCUUUUGGACGAAAUCGUUCAAGUACAUAUCUUUAAAGGUAAAUGGGCCCUUAUCAGAACCAAGCUCGCUGAUCUUCAUACCCAACUCACCGAUUUUGCCGACUUCCCGGCUUCCACUUCCAACCCACUAUGUCUUGACCUCCUUCACUCCAUUUCUCAUUCUUUAAACGAUGCCAUACUCAUGGCUAAAAAAUGUCAGACUCCUAAUUUGACAGAAGGUAAGCUUCGGACUCAAAGCGAUGUCGAUUCCGUUUUGGCCAAGUUGGAUCGGCAUGUCAAGGACAGUGAGAUUUUGAUUAAAAGUGGAGUUCUUCAAGACAAUGUCAUUCCAGGGAGCUUUUCUUCUAAGAGGGAGGCAGUGCGGGCCGAGUCGCGGAACUUAAUAACCCGAUUGCAGAUUGGUACUAGUGAGUCCAAGAAUUCGGCCAUGGAUUCGCUGCUCAGGUUGGUCCAUGAGGACGAUAAGAAUGUGAUGAUAGCUGUGGCACAGGGUGUUGUUCCCGUACUUGUUCGAUUACUCGAUUCGUGCUCCCAGGAGAUGAAAGAGAAGAUUGUGGCAGCAAUUUCAAGAGUUUCGACGGUAGACAGUAGUAAGCAUGUGUUAAUUGCAGAGGGGUUAUUGCUUUUAAAUCAUUUGCUUCGGGUCCUGGAAUCAGGGAGUGGGUAUGCAAAGGAAAAAGCUUGCGUUUCCCUUCAAUCUUUAACCUUUUCGAAGGAGAACGCGAGGGCAAUUGGGUCUAGAGGUGGAAUUUCUUCGCUACUAGAAAUUUGCCAGGGAGGCACGCCGGGUUCUCAAGGAUUAGCAGCUGGUGUUUUGAGAAAUCUCGCCGUAUUUGAAGAAAUUAGGGAGAAUUUCAUAGAAGAGAAUGCGGUUUUCGUUCUUAUUGGGCUUGCAGUUUCUGGGACUGCGUUGGCCCAAGAGAACGCAAUUGGGUGUUUAUGUAAUUUGGCAAAGGACGAUGAAAAUUUGAAGCUUUUGAUUGUGAAGGAAGGGGGCAUUGAUUGCCUGAGAAACUUCUGGGAUUCAGCUCCUCCAGUAAGAAGUCUCGAAGUUGCUAUUAAUUUGUUAAGGCACCUGGCUUCGAGCCAAGUUAUUGCAGAAGUGCUUGUUUCUGAAGGAUUUAUUCUCAGACUUGUGGCAAUGUUGAAUUGUGGAGUUAUGGGUGUGAGAAUUGCAGCUGCCAGAGCUGUCUACGAGCUUGGUUUCAACACAAAAACAAAAAUGGAAAUGGGUGAGUGUGGAAUAAUUGUUCCAUUGAUUAAGAUGCUAGAUGGUAAACCUGUGGAAGAGAAAGAAGCAGCAGCAAAGGCAUUGUCACAUCUUGUACUAUAUGCAGGCAACAGGAGGAUUUUCAGAAAGGACGAAAGGGGGAUAGUGAGUGCAGUCCUGCUAUUAGAUCCCUUAAUGCAUAAUUUGGAUAAGAAAUACCCUGUUUCAAUAUUGGCUUCGCUUGUGCAUUCUAAAAAGUGUAGAAAACAGAUGAUAGCUGCUGGUGCCUGUGUACACUUGAAGAAACUAGUUGAGAUGGAUGUAGAAGGGGCAAAGAAGCUUUCGGACAGUCUUGGCCGGGGUAAGAUCUGGGGCGUCUUCGCUAGGCCAUAGCAGUCGUACAAUUCUUGAAUUGGUGCAUCAAGAAACAUGGAACCAAAGAUGAUUUCUUCAUCUGUGUAAACAUUGUAACUUUAACUGCCGUGGGAGAAACUCUUGUAGAGCCGCUGUCUUGGUUUGUUGACCUAACUAGAUUGGAGUUCAUGUUCAUUAUUGUAAAAUCAAUAACUGAUUCUACUGUAUUGUGAUUUGAAGCACACUUCUGCUUUAUCUAUUGUUGGUUCCUUGUAUCG